UCUAUAGACUCACUCUGCAUACUUUACAAGGCCCUAAUCAGAAGCAGACUAGAAUAUGGACUAACGGUGUACGGAUCAUCCAGCAAAGGAAGAAAAGAAAAGCUCGAGUCCGUCCAGAACAACAUCCUCCGGAUUAUCCUAGGAGCACCUAAAUCAACCCCAAUCAAAGAAAUGCAAUGUGAGCUCGACAUCCCACCCCUAGACACUAGAAGAACCUGGCUAGCCGCCCGCUAUAUCUUCAGAAUCGAAAAACUACAAGACCACCCCCUGCACAAAAGAUGCUGGGAGAUGAGAAGAACCCCCAAAAGCUGGAAAGAUCUUAACGUCCCGUCGCUCAAAAUAGCCAUGGGCAGCACCAUCCUAGCCGACAUAGACCUAUUCCAAGCUGAACCUGAACAAUACCCCCAUCUACAAGAAAGACCACCCUGGAAGGAACCCCCAAUCGCUAUCAGAUACUUCCCUCUCUCCAAACAAAUGUCAAUGAACAAUCCCUCAGAAGCACGAGCACUCUUUAACGAGAUCAAACACAACCACUUCAACGCAUCCACCAUCGCCUAUACAGACAGCUCACUCAACAAAUCAACAGGAAAAACCACCUCAGCAGUAAUAAUCCCCAGUCUUAACAUCGAGGAAGCAACAACCCUCUCCAGAAACUCAUCCGUCUUCACAGCCGAGGCCGAAGCCAUCAACAGAACAUUAGAACUAGUUCACCAUCUAGACGACGAAGUGGCCGAACUUACAAUAUUCUCAGACUCAAGAUCGGUCGUCCAAUCAAUAGAAUCAUCAAAAAAAGAAAAACAUCCCAUCAUUAACGCCAUACUCACCACAGCAGAUAACCUGAAGUCAGCAGGCACCAAAAUCAAUCUGUACUGGAUACCUAGUCACGUUGGUAUUCCAGGCAAUGAAGCGGCCGACCGACUAGCCUCAGAAGAAAGCAACCAGCUACUUCCAAGCAGAUGCCUCAAAAACUUUCUCUCCUCAGCCGAACAAGCAGCAGUCUUUAAAGAAUACCUAAGGAAAAUAAACAUCAACGAAUUGCACAAAGGAAGAUAUAAAGAUAAUACCCACACAAGAACGAAGACAGGAGCGCUGAAAUGGCACUCUCACAAAUCACGAAACAUCACAAGAGUCUUGUUCAAACUCAGAACAGGGCACAACAGGCUGAAAGCCAACCUGGCCCGAUUCAACAACCAGCUAGACCCCACCUGCCAGUUCUGCGAAGAUGAAGAUGAGUCAACAAAGCACGUCCUUCUAGAAUGUCCUGCACUCGAACUAGAAAGACAAGAAAUCAACAGUUACUUUACAACUCACAACAUGGAACACAAUCUAUGUAACCUUCUAGGACUCAACCCAAGAAAUAACUGCAACACACAGCAUGAAGUCCAGAGGCUACUCGUCCAGUUCCUAAAAGCAACGAGACUCAUCAACACAAUCUAA